AACGCGGUCAAGGGUCAACGCGCGUCCAGGAUGCUGACGCCAUAGAUUUACUCCGCCUGAUCCAGCCUGGAGAGUUUCUUCUCUCCCCACCAGUCCACAAGCCGCUAGCUUCAAACCCACACCAACAUCUGUGCCAGUGUCAUGACGACUUCAGCCCGCAAAGUUUACCGAGCGGUUCAGCUGUGUUAAACCCUGGUCUGUGGAGGCCGAAAGUUCGACAGUCGAGUGCCGAGAUUUGUGGCGUUUUAGUUGCCACGUCAGGGAUUUUGUUUGGGGUGUAAAAAAAACUUGGUAGCGUCGUGAGUGUUACAGCGAUUCCGUCCCGGGACCGGAGCUGUUGUGCUACCAUGCCGUCUGCUGUCCUUGCGCUUUUCGCUGCCGCUCUUUGUGCGGUAAGCCUGCGGACUGUGGCCGCGGAGGGCCCGAGGGUUUACCGGAACGAGUGGGCCCUUCACGUGGAGGGCGGGACUGAGGCGGCGAACAGGCUUGCCUUCAAGCACGGAUUCAUCAACAAAGGACAGAUUGGAUCUUUGGAGGAUCACUACUUGUUUGUUCACCGGCGGACGUGGAAACGCUCCCUACGGUCCAGCAGCCACAGACAUGCACUGUUACAGAGAGAACCGGAGGUGAGAUGGUUACAACAGCAGGUUGUGAAGAGGAGAGUGAAGAGAAGAGUGAAGAGGGUGUACAGCAUGAACCCCUGGGAGCACAGGGUUAUGGAGAACGCCCCGCAGGUCAACGACCCUGAACCUGCCCAGCCGGACAACCACUGGGAUCCGCACUUUAAUGACGACAAAUGGGACAAGAUGUGGUACCUGCAUUGUGACCGCCCCGGCUUCGCCUGCCAGUCUUCAGACAUGAAUGUGGAGGCAGCCUGGAAGAAGGGGUACACGGGGAAGGGGGUCGUGGUCUCGAUUCUCGACGACGGGAUUGAAACUGACCAUCCCGACCUGGCUGGGAACUAUGAUCCAGAUGCUAGUAGCGACAUUAAUGGUGGUACCCUGGACCCAACCCCCAGAUAUGAGUAUACCAAUGAGAAUAGACAUGGUACCAGGUGUGCAGGGGAGGUGGCAGCAAUGGGAAACAACUCCUUCUGUAGUGUUGGUGUGGCCUACAAGGCAAGAAUAGGUGGAGUGCGGAUGUUGGAUGGAGAUGUGACAGACUCGGUGGAGGCGGCCUCCCUCGGUCUGAACCCGCAGCACAUCAUGAUCUACAGUGCCUCCUGGGGACCUGAUGACGAUGGGAAAACCGUGGACGGGCCCGCCAAUCUGGCCACAAAAACCUUCGCACAAGGGGCGGAAAGGGGUAGAGACGGGCUGGGCUCCAUCUUCGUUUGGGCAUCAGGCAAUGGAGGCCGUACAUACGACAGCUGUGGCUGUGACGGUUACACCAACAGUAUCUACACGAUAUCUGUAAGCAGCGCAUCAGAACAGGGCAAGGUGCCGUGGUACCUGGAACCCUGCGCCUCAACACUGGCCACAACCUACAGCAGUGGAGCUCCACACGAGAGGAAAGUGAUCACCACAGACUUGAGGAAAGGCUGUACAGAGUCGCACACAGGGACAUCUGCCUCUGCACCAAUGGCUGCUGGGAUAUGUGCUCUAGCGCUGGAGGCAAACCCCAUGCUGACAUGGAGAGACAUGCAGUACAUCGUGGUGAUGGCAGCCAACCCCGUCCCUCUGGACAAGGACUCGGAGUCGUACCCACGAGACCCACGCAAGGAGAGCGACUUCGUGACCAACGGCGCCGGGCUGCGCGUCAGCCACAACUUCGGCUUUGGCCUGAUGGACGCGGGGAAGAUGGUGGAGCUGGCGGAAAGCUGGAGGAAAGUUCCAGAACAACACGUGUGUGAGGAACAACCAAGUUCACAGCAAAGGGCGAUAACCAAGGGUCAGAUGAUCGUGGACACCAAGACCACGGGCGGAUGUAAUGGGACUGACCGCCAUGUGAGGUUCCUGGAGCACGUGGUGGUACAGAUGACCCUGGACCACCCCUGCAGGGGUGACCUGUCCAUACACAUCACAUCACCCGCAGGGACGCGGUCAACACUGCUGCCGCAGAGGCAGUUUGACUCAUCAUCAGAUGGUCUAAAGGACUGGUCUUUCAUGACAACUCACUGCUGGGGAGAACAACCAUAUGGAGACUGGGUUCUGGAAGUUAGAGACCUGGGGAGGACAAACUGCCAAAGAUACGGCCUUCGCUCUGUACUGCCUGUUCUGAGGAAGUGGAAGCUGAUUCUGUACGGCACUGAGGAACAUCCGCUGUACAAACGGGACGAGGAGUCCAGGAUUCACACACCUCAGACUCGGGAGGAGCCUACUGAUGAAGACGACUGUGAGGACGGGUACUUCUAUGACCACAAACACCACCACUGUCGCCACUGUGAUAGUUCCUGUGCCACCUGCCAUGGCAGACGGGACACCCAGUGUCUGUCCUGUCACGAAGGCUUCUACUUAGUACAGGACGAGGGAACAUGUGAGGAGGAAUGUGGACAGGGCUAUUACAAGGAUGAGGAACAGAGAAAGUGUCUGGACUGCUUUGCGGACUGCCUGACGUGUGAGGGGAGCGCGGACCGCUGCACCAGCUGUGAUGAGGAGGACGGAUUGAAGCUGUUUGAGAACACGUGCGUGGCGCAGUGCGCGGAGGGACGGUACAUGGACGAACACGACGUGUGUCAGGACUGUCACGAGUCCUGUGAAACAUGCACAGGUCCUGAUGCCACCGACUGUGUGACCUGUGCAGAUGAGGACCUCCUCCAGGAGUCCCAGUGUGUGGAGACUUGUUCCUCUGGCUUCUUCAAACAGCACUAUGAAUGUCUCAAGUGCCAUGCCACCUGCGCAUCUUGCUCAGGGCCGAGAGACGACCAGUGCCUCACCUGCUCAGGACACCUGCAGCUGGAUGACGACACCAGCAGGUGCAUCACCUUGUGUGAAGAUGGUGAGUAUGGAACAGAGGAGGGCAGGUGUGAGGAGUGUAACACCAUCUGCAAGAAGUGCAACGGCUCACGAGCUGACCAGUGCUUGGAGUGUCAUCACGACAAGUACCUAUAUGACACGACAUGUGUGGAGUACUGUGGGAACAGGCAUUACCCUGAGAACGGGGAGUGCCAUCCCUGCCACCCCUCCUGUCUGGGCUGCAUCGGGGGAGAGAUCAACCAGUGCAACCAGUGUAACCAAGAUUAUGAAGGAGAGGACCACUUCUUGUACCAGGGCACCUGCCAUGUGGUGUGUCCCCCCGGGCUGUUUGGAGACAAGACAGACCAGGUGUGUAAGGCGUGUGCUCCCGGGUGUAUCGCCUGUGACGGUCCCGCUGACGACCAGUGUACGCUGUGCGAGGAAGAGAAAACUCCGACAGACGGACGGUGUCAGAGCGAAGGCAGCCAGGCACAGGAGGAGGAAUGUGCAGAGGGGUGCCACUCUUGUGAAGAAGGCCCUGACGUCUGUGACAGUUGUGAUGAGAAUUACUACCUGACAGAAGACAGCUGUGUGAGAGGACGGGACUGCCCGUCGUUCACGUACGCUGAUGACCAGGAGAGGGAGUGUCGUCCCUGUCAGGAGAACUGCGAGGCGUGCGACGGGCCAAACAUCGACGACUGUAACUCCUGCAAGGAGGGGUUCUAUAAGACCCCCGAUGGCUGUGGCACAGGGUGUCCCAACAGGUACUACAAGGAUGACACCAACAAGGAGUGUAAGCCCUGUGACUCCAGCUGUUUCACCUGCAGUGGUGCUGCCUCCUUCCACUGUCUCUCAUGUGAGGAUGGGGCCUUUCUACAUGAAAGCAGGUGUGAGUCGACGUGCCCAGCAGGGUACAUAGCCAAUGCGGAGUCCCAUGAGUGUGUGGAGUCCAGCUGUGCCCAGGACCAGUACUACAGCAGUGAGACAGGCAGGUGUGAGGACUGCCCCUCCAACUGUCGGGCUUGUGACAAUGAUGGAGACUGCACAGAGUGUGCCCCCACCUAUAUUGUUGUGGAUGGGCGGUGUAGACCAGAGGAGACCUGUAAAGAUGGGGAAUACCAGGACAGGGACAGAGACACAGCUGAGUUGUCGUGCCGACCGUGUCACCAGUCCUGUAAGACCUGCAGCGGUCCCUCCGGCUCCGACUGUGACAGCUGCAGGGGGGAUGAUACCAUUCUGGACAGGGGGGAGUGCAUCACCAGCUGUGGACCUGGAGAGUACAUGGACAGAAGGGAGAAGAAAUGCAAAGCCUGUCACCCAACGUGUAAGGAGUGUACAGACGAGUAUGACGACACGUGUACAGACUGCGAUGACGGGUUCCUGCUGACGGACAGUGGGUCCUGCGAGGCGGGCUGUCCCCCGGGACAGUUCCUCCACCACCGGGACUGUCAGUCCUGUCACAGGGAGUGUCAGACAUGUGAUGGGCCGCACCACGACAACUGUCUGUCAUGUCCGGAGGGAUCAUAUCUCACUGACAAGCAGUGCUCGAGCCACUGUCCUGAAGGUACGUUUGAGGAGACGUAUGAAGAUGACAGCGGGGCGACGGUGAUGGAGUGUCGUCUGUGUCACGUCAACUGUAAGACCUGUCAGGGGGACGGGGAGAAGGAUUGUAUUGAAUGUGCCAACGACAUCAAGUACAAACAGGAUGGAAAAUGUGUGACGGAAUGUGAGGAAGGGCACUAUCCUGACCUGACCAAUGAAUGCCAGGCAUGCUCCAGUGAGUGUGAGACGUGUGACGGACCGCGCAGUGACCAGUGUGUGACGUGUCCUUACGACUACUACCUGGUCCAGGGCCAGUGUCUGGAGAAAUGUCCAGAUGGUUAUUAUGACACGAUGAGGCAGGAGAAGGAAUGUGGAGAGUGUCACCCUUCCUGUGCCACAUGCAAUGAGGGUGGGAACUACAACUGCCUGUCGUGCCCGUUUGGGUCCAAGCUGGUGAAAGGUGUCUGUUACCCGAUGUGUGAGGAACACGAAUUCUUUGUUGAGGAUACCCAGAAAUGUGAUGAGUGUGAUGUCUCGUGUAAGACCUGCCGUGGCAGCACGUCCCAUGACUGCCUGUCCUGCGAGGCCCCGUACGGGUACCACGCCAUGAAGCACCUCUGUACGGCCUGCUGUGAGCCGGGCUCACCGGAAAGCGAGUACUGCUGCAUCUGUCAUGAGUCCACACGAGUGUGUAUCACAGAUCGUGAGGCAGACUCCGGAGGUGUCCAGUUUUCCUCCACCGGCUCAAUCCCCACUAACGUGGCGUACAUCGCCGUGGCAACCUUCAUCUGUGUCGUGAUCGUCGUCCUGUUCUUCGUGGUGUUCGGGUUGUUACAGGCGCGCAGCAACGGAAGCCUCUGCUGGGCACACAAGUACCAACAGGUCCCCACCACCAGGUAUGAGAAGAUGAACGAUCACGUCAACAUCCUGUCACAGGAGGACUUCUAUAACGAGGACUCUCUAUCUGAGGAUGAAAUACACAACAUCACCUCCAGACAUUAAAGGCAGCUAGUGCAAUUUCAGGGCGGCAAAACUGGAUUUUCAAAGUCAAUUUGUUGGACAUUAUUUUAAUGUUACAGUUAGUACAAAAAAUGUAGCACACGUAGGUUGAAUUAAACCUAUUUCAUAGGAUACUGAUACCUGUGACUAGUGUGAGGCAAAAAUUCCAUGUUUGCAUCAUAGGCUGCAUGGUUCUAGGUACAGUGUAUUUAUGGGUGGUACCCUUAAAAGAGUCAUCGCAUGGCUUGUUUUGGGCUAUUUCAAACUCUUUGAGUAUAAUGAUGAAAAUGUGCUAAGAAUUGGCAGUAAAUGUCAAUAUCAGACAGAUUUUCCUCAUCUAAAAUAUUUUUUGUUUUGCCGCCCUGAAAUUGCAUUGGAUGCCUUAGUCUUGUCUUGUGUUCAAGUCUUUUCUACCCAAACAGAUAAGGGCAACCAAAGAGUUAUCUGUAUAAAGUUGUAGAAGUUCUUCUAGUAUGUACUACAUUGUACAUUUUGCAUUUUGUGAGCGCAAUAAUUACAUGACUGUACUACUACUUGUUUUCUAACUGGGGCACCUUUUUCCCAUUCUUUUUACUCACAUUACUUGCACGUAUGUUGUAUAUCUGCCAGGAAAAUGUGAGAAUGUGUUUUACUGUUACAGUACAAUGAUAAGCCACAUAUUUGUGUUAAUAAGCUACUACUCAAGAUAGAGGAGAGCUGAUAGUGAGAAGUGCAGAAUAAUGAAAAAAGUGAAAAUUUUCUAUGGUGCUAAAACAACAUCAAGGAAUGGUAGACUAAUAAAUACGUUGACUUUAUUUAAUUUAACUAUAAUUAUGUGACCCUUAGAAUGUAAAGGCCUUAGCAGUUUUUAUUCCCAGAGCGAAGCAUUAAAACCAGACAAAAUGGUAAUUAAGAUAUCAGAUAGGAUAACCCAUAAUUUGAUUGUUUUGAUAUCUAUGGUACCAAAAAAUAGUGGGAAACCUAAGGAUUUUCAUUAAGUGCCAAUUUUCCUUGUCCAGAGGGUCAAUGUCAUGUUGAAAGAUAAACAGGAGUAGAUGGUAUGUGUGGUGCGUUCUUUGAGUAUCCCUGGUUUGAAUGUGUGCCAAAUCAACACCUUACGUUCUCUGGAAUGCUAUCUGAAAGGUUCUAUAUUCAGAUCACAUUCCUGUAAUGCCCUGUAAUGUCUAUAGAGCUAGCUUUCAUUUUAGGUCAUCCACCAAAAUAACUCUCAAGUGCAUUCUUUAACUGGGUACUGUUGUCAUGAAGGACAUAUUGUUGACACCCAGGAAAUGCUGAUUUAGCCAUGACCUGACCUAUGUACUGAGUAACUGUUCACUGUUGAAACAGAUGUUGUCAGCUGUCUCAUGAAUAUGAUUGUUAAUCAGAAAAUUGGUAUAGUAUUUUGUGUAGCAGUUUUAAUGUAUUGUAGUGUAUAGUACACUUAAUUGCACAGGAUAUGUUGUGCCUUAGCUUGCUCUUGCAGAAAAGUUUGUUGACAAUCAAUAUGCUAUGUUUCAGGAGUAUGUAUUUAUGUAUCUUCUUAUAGUCUAGAAAUUGUGCUAAAACUUUGUCGGAGUGUUUUUGUAUAUUUAGCUUCUGUGAUUAUGUACAUGAAUGACUGUAAAUAAUCAUGUUUGAUCCUGAAAGAUAUUGAAGAAAAAUGAUGUUAAAUAUAAAAGUUAUUUGAAGCUUGCUGAAGAAAGAGUGCCUUAAACCAUUCUCCACUACAAAUUGUGGCUGUGCAAGCACAAACUAUUCUAGGAAGGGCUUUUCGAAACAGAAAUCAUAGUGGGCCAGGAAUUGGUGAAAUUAAAUAAUGGGCCCAUUUGCAAUCAUGUAGCUUGUACGUACAUGGAACAGAAAUUGCAUGCAUGAAAUUGAUUAAUUUAGAAAUGUCACCAUUGAGAGCUCUUCAGAAUCUUGCAUAUUAUUAUGAAUUUAGAAGAAACCGAUUAGUAAUAUAGAAAGAGAGUGGCCCUAAUCUAGAAGCAGAUUAUUUUGGGGGCAGGGGACGAUCAAAUUGGCCACCCGAGUUACCUUUUGCCCCUGUGGGUGGCGUCUUGGGUACUACCUGGCCAAUUUGAAACUGUCUGCCAAUUUGAUACUGUAACAGUAUUGCAGCCACCAAAAGUUCUGCUUGGAGAUUAGGGAGGCACUUCAACUACAUUGUAUGUUGAGGUACUUCUGUUAAGAAAUAUGACAGGAACAGCCUUGGCUAUCUUCUCAUUAAUGAUGUAAAGCUCACAUCAAGCCAUAUUAAUACAAACUUAGAGAUGCAUAUUUUUGUAAUCCGGUUAUUGUAGUAGAUCUACAUAUUAUAUCCUUGUCAUGUUUUCAUGAUGUAAAAAUGAUUACUGAAUCAAAGAAUGGGAACUAGA